AUCCUCAUCCUCGCGGGGGCAGGAAGGCGACGCCUCCCUCGCUGCGCGGCCAAAACGAAAGCGGCGGCUCCGGGCGCUCCAUGGAGGCGCUGCCGGGCUCGGCGCGCUGCCCCGUCUGCCUGGAAUAUUUCCGCGAGCCCGUGUCCAUCCACUGCGGCCACCACUUCUGCCGGAGGUGCAUCGAGCGCUGCUGGGAGUGGCCCACGGCCCGCUUCGCCUGCCCGCGCUGCCGGGACGCGGCGCCGGUGCGGAGCCUCCGCCCGAGCCCGGAGCUGGAGCGGCUGCUGGAGAUCGCCCGGCGGCUGAGCCGCGGGGAAGCGCUGGCAGCCGGCGAGGAAGAGGAGGAGGAAGGGUGCCAGAAGCACCGGGAGCCGCUGGAGGUUUUCUGCAAGGAGGACGGGGCUCUGCUGUGCGCGAUCUGCCGCGAGUCCCGGGCGCACCGGGCCCACACCGUGCUGCCGGUGCCCGAGGCGGUGCGGGAGUGCAAGGAGCAAAUCCAGGCUGGGCUGCAAAGCCUGAAGGACGGCAGAGACAAACUCCUGGAGUUCCGGGAGGCUGAAAUGAGGAGAAACUUGGAGUGUUUGGUAAACGCUGCGGAGCAGAGCGGGGGCAGCGCGCGUCCCCCGGAGAAGACCGAGGCCGAGCGGCAGCGGAUUCUGUCCCAGUUCCAGGGGCUGCGCCUCGCCCUGGAGGAGCUUUGCUGUCACCUCCUGGCCCGCCUGGGGCGCCUGGAGAGCCGCAUGGGGAAGGUGCAGGAGGAAAACCUGACGCGCCUGACCCAGGAGAUCUCCCGGCUGGACAGCCGCGUCCAGGAGCUGGAGGAGAAGUGCCAGCAGCCAGCCAGGACCUUCCUGCAGGACAUCGGCAGCACCUUGAGCAGCCUGGCAGAGGAAAACCUCCAGCUGCCCCCGUCGCCCCUUCCGGAGCUGGAAGAGAAAAUUCAUCGCUUCAGGGAGGAAAAUCUUCUCCUGGGGGAGACGCUGAGGAGCGUCCGAGACAUCCUGGCCUUCGAGCUGCCGGAGAAAAUGACGGUGACGCUGGACCCCAGCACGGCCCACCCCCAGCUUCGGGUGGCGCCCGACGGCGGCAGCGUCAUCUGGGAGAGCGCCCAGAACCUUCCAGAACCCGGAGCGGAGCCCGAAAGCGAGCCCGGCACCGACCCCUCCGUGCUGGGCUGCCAGGGCGUCGCGGCCGGGCGGCGCUGCUGGGACGUGCAGGUGUCCCCCGAGGGGUCCUGGGCGCUGGGGGUGGCCAGGGAGACCCCCGGCAGCCGGGCAGAGACCCCCGGCAGCGGGGCAGAGACCCCCGGCAGCGGGGCAGAGACCCCCGGGAGCAGGGCAGAGCCCCCCGAGUGGGAGCUGUGGUCCAUGGGGCUCUGCCAGGGCCAGUUCUGGGCUCUCUCCUCCCUGGAGCGCAUCCCGCUCUCUUCCAGCCGGGCUCCGGGCAGGGUGAGGGUGGCGCUGGACUACGACGGGGGCCGCGUGGCUUUUUUCGACGCCGACAAGAGGAGCCUGAUGUUCGCCUUCCCCGCCGCCUCCUUCGGGGGGCAGAGGGUGCGCCCCUGGUUCCUGGUGUGGGGAGAGGGCGCCCGGCUCGCGCUGUGCCCCUGAGCUUCCCCAAAUCCCGGCUUUUGUCGCCAUUCCCGGCUCUCCCCAGGGAUCCCUGCGCUCUGCCGGAGCCUCUCCCCAAUCCCGAGCGUCCCUCGGGGUCGCUGUCCCCGGCUGUCACCCCCGAAACGCGGCGGCUGAAAAGGGAGCUGAGUCUGUCCCACCCCGUCCUGCCCCACCCCAAGCG